AUGAUCAUUCAAAACCAACACUCGGCUGUCAAGCAUAAAGAGUCCGAUCCCUACGAGGAUUCUUCCAGCCCACCACCGAAUGGCCAGCACCCUGGCUGGAGAUCAUCUCAACGACAGCAACAGCAGCAGGGGCAGCAGGAGCAGCAGGAGCAUCUUAGUGGUAGUGGUGGAGGGAUUGAACACCAUCCGCCCAAACAAGUACCUUUAAUCCAGUUGGACCCUAUCGGCGAGAAGAACAGGCCUUGGCAGGCUGACCAGGACAAUUCAGGAUCUGGAUUAGAGUCUGGGCCUAUUAGUGAUACAGGGUACCACAGUACGGACAAAGAGGAGGUCAUUGUCGAUGAUGAGGCCAAUGUCCCUGGAAGUGAGAUCAGCGAGGUCAAAGAAUCGGCGGUAGCGAUCGCGACCCAAGAACGUAAAGCUUCGCCUGUGAGCUACGCGCACUUUCUGAGCGCAAUCCGUCGGGAGCGCAACUACGCGAUUGCGUUGAUGGUCCGAGAGGCGGAUCUGGCGGUGCAGUCGACAGAGGUGUACUCGGUCACUAACAAGAACCAAACGGCGCCCUCGAACGAUGUCCAUGACUAUCUGUCACUUUCAAAGUACUACUGGCCGAACAAGAACAAGCUCAGUGGGCUGCCGUACAAGAGGAUUGACGGACAUGUCAAUCCGGAGAUCGAGACCGUGCGCGAUUACCGGUUGUUGAGGACUAUGAUUCGGGAGGUCCAUAUCAUGGGGAUGGCGUACCAUUUCACGGGACGGAAGGAGUAUGCCGACAAGUGUGCCAUGCGGCUCAGUGAGUGGUUCUUGGACGAGGCGACCUAUAUGAACCCUAAUAUCAACUAUGGAUCACUGAGGAAGGGUGAGAAGUUGGGGGCGCGGACUGGAAUCCUCGACAUGUUUACGAUUUUCCGAGUAUUCGAUGCUCUCCACUACCUCAAACAGGAGCCGACCUGGCCUCAGGAUCUGAUCCCCCGCCUUCAGAAAUGGUUCUCACGAUACGUCCAAUGGCUCGAGACUGCGUCCCUGGCCCGGCUCGAACGCGACGGCGACAAUAACCACGGUACCUACUUUGACGUCCAGAUCAUUGGCAUCUAUCUCUUCCUCGGCCGCGUGGACGACGCCCGAGAGAUCGCACGCAAAGCUCUCCAUAAACGAAUCGACCCUCAGAUCAACGCUCAGGGUAUGCAGCCGGAAGAGCUGGCCCGCAAGACAUCCUGGUAUUACUCCGUCUUCAAUCUCCAGGCCCUGAUGACUCUUGCACGCUGGGGUGAUGAUCUUGGUGUUGACAUGUGGUCCUAUGAAGGUCCUGAAGGUCAAUCUAUCAAGAAAGCCGUCGACUUUUUAUUGCCCUUCUCCCUCUCCGGCGGCGAAGGUUGGCCAGUCGAGAACCUCAGGGGGUUCGAUAUGACGGACUAUCUGAAAUGUCUCCAGAUCGCCUGGCAUAUUUAUGGCGACGAAAUGUACAUCGAAGCGAUUGAAGUGCUCGAGCCCAGAGUGCAGAAAGACAUGGACGAGGGUAGGAUCAAGUCUGUCAGUACAUUCAUGUGCGACAUCUCCACCCUUUUGGAGGCGACCGUCAGGGGUGGGCAAGGAUUCAUCUGGCAUUGGUGUCUGACAUGA